GAGUCAGAGAGGCAGUACUUUUUUUAUUUGAAAUUUGUACUCUGGGGAUGGCCGCUUGGCUAAGGACAUCGCACCCCAAUCCUCCCCUAUAUGAUUACGAAACAAAUAAGCUAAUUUUUCAAUCUCAGAAAGGUCGCAUCCACAGCUUGUCCGGUAACCAUCAUCGGCGUCUUCACUUGGCGGUUAAUUUUAGAAAUCGUCGCUGCCGUACCAGAAUCUAUUGCAACUCUGACGAUUCCAUAAAGAAACAACAACCAGAAUCAACUGGAAUUCAACUUUACUCGGAGAUUGAGAGAUUACUUACUGAGACUGUAAAACAAUCACAAGAUGCUUGGGGUGGUUCUAGUGAAUGGAGGGAAGUUGAGGGAGCAUGGGUUCUCAAACCAAGAAGCUCAAAGCCUAAGUCAGUCGUACACUUUGUUGGCGGCAUAUUUGUUGGAGCUGCUCCUCAGCUUACCUACCGUUUGUUCCUUGAGCGCCUUUCAGAAAAGGGCAUAUUGGUGAUUGCAACUCCAUAUGCAAGUGGAUUUGAUCACUUCUUUAUUGCAGAUGAGGUCCAGUUCAAAUUUGAUAGGUGUUAUCGGUUUCUACAAGAAACAAUACAAGAUCUCCCUACUUUCGGUAUUGGACAUUCUUUGGGAUCUGUCAUCCAUCUUUUGAUUGGAUCAAGAUAUGCUGUUCAAAGAAGUGGCAAUGUAUUAAUGGCAUUCAACAACAAGGAGGCAAGCUUAGCUAUCCCUUUGUUUUCACCUGUUCUUGUCCCAAUGGCCCAAAGCAUUGGACCUCUUUUAUCACAAAUUGCAUCAUCACCAACAAUCCGUCUUGGCGCAGAAAUGACAUUGAAGCAGUUAGAAAAUCUUAGCCCUCCCAUUAUGAAGCAAGUUCUUCCUUUAGUUGAGCAACUUCCUCCCUUGUACAUGGACUUAGUUAAGGGAAGAGAAGAUUUUACUCCAAAACCUGAAGAAACUCGACGACUUAUCAAGUCAUACUAUGGGAUUUCCAGGAAUCUCCUCAUAAAGUUCAAGGAUGAUUCAAUUGAUGAAACCUCAAUGCUAGCACAGGUGCUUAGUUCAGAUUCGGCCAUUAGUUCAAUGCUGGACAUGUCAAUACGCAUGUUGCCUGGAGAUCAUGGGCUUCCUUUGCAACAGGCUCUCCCAGAUGUCCCACCAGCAAUGGCUGAUGCAGUUAACCGUGGAAGUGAGCUUCUGACAAAUCUGACUGUGGGGACACCAUGGGAGACGGUAGCCAAAGAAGUGGGCAGUACCCUAGGUGUAGACUCGAGGAUCCUUCGUGCAGAAAUAUCAAAGGACGUAGACCUGCUUGUAGAUGUGAUCACGUCUUGGAUAGCUUCCAACACAGGUCCAAAACUUUUGAGGCCAUGAUGACUUUGCAAGACCAAGCAAAGCGCAAAGAAACAAAUAUUUUGUUCCGAGUCAAGUUUAGGGCAAUUAAGAAGGCGCUAAAGAAUCACUAUGGAUGUAUAGCCAUAGUCUUGAGCAUUUUUUCUUGUUCAUCUUAUGUCACAUAAGUAAUGUCCAACUUUGUCCAAUAAUAGAUGUAAACAUGGUUUCUUGGCAUCUGAAGUUACUGUACAUGUAUUCUCGCUUGGUUGUGACAAAAAACAUAUUAUGUACUGUAUUAUGUAUAGGCGUUAUAUAGUUACCCUGUAACAUUUUAAAUCGUAGCUAGUAUAUUUCCUGCGGAGUCAGAUAUGAAUUACUA